UAUUCACAAACGGAACUUACCCUUAACUUAUGACUUAAGUAGCCGGUCGAUGCUUAACGCGUUUCAUAGACAAAUCUUGUACUUAAGGUAAACUUUAAUCGACACUUGAGUGCCGGAAAGUAAAGUGCGGUCAUUGGCAACCUUAAGUGCGACUUUCGCUACUCUCGCCUAGCAAGCAAGAUGGCCGCCUGCUACGGCAGCCUCGCCGACUUUGCCGAUUUCGCCGGACGUGUGCGCAGUAUUACGGAGGAUGAGGCAUACCGAUACGUGUCGCCAUUACGGCCACGGCUUAAGGAUCGACAGAAUCCAAUGGAAGUAUACAACGACGCAGAAUUCUCGUGGCGGUACCGCUUUUCCAAGCAAGCUGUGCUACGGCUGUUGGAAAUGCUGCCACUGGUCCCAAAAGACAACGAACGCGGUCACCCCGUGCCGCCGCUGCUCCAGCUGCUAAUCGCGCUGCGAUUCUACGGCGCCGGAACUUUUCAGGUUGUCACCGGGGACCUCGUUAAUGUUUCGCAAGCAACUGUGUCUCGAAUAAUUGCGCGAAUGUCAAGAAUGAUUGCCGAGACUUUGUUCCCGCAGCUCGUGAAGUUGCCAAAUGCUAAUGAUUUGGCAUCCGUAAUGGAGGAGUUCUACACCAUCGCACGGUUUCCUGGUGUGAGCGGGUGCAUUGACUGCACUCAUGUACCCAUCAGAAGUCCCGGAGGAGAUGAAGCGGAGGUUUUUCGCUGUCGAAAGGGGUACUUCUCCAUCAAUGUCCAGGCAAUCACAGGGCCUCGGCUUCAAUUUUUUGAUGUGGUUGCCAGCUGGCCCGGCUCGGCACAUGACAGCCGAAUUUUCGAUAAUAGUCGAGCCAGAGUGCAGUACGAAGAAGGGAAUGUCCCUGGCAUCCUACUUGGUGACAAGGGGUACCCCUGCAGAUCCUAUCUCAUGACCCCUUUUCGAGAGACACAAAGCAGCCCUCAGCACAGGUACAACAAGUGCCACUCCAGGACUCGCUGCAGUGUUGAGAGGGCGUUUGGAGUAUGGAAACGAAGGUUUCCUUGCCUUGAAAUGACUCUUCAGAUAAAAACAAGAUCAGUUCCCAUCGUCAUCACAGCUUGUGCUGCACUACACAACUUCGGCCACCUGCUGAGAGACCCUGUCCCACCUCCUGCGCAAUGCCAGGCAACACACAACGCCGCUUCGCAAGCUCCCACUCCCUCCUUUCAACCAACGCCACCAGGCAUGUCUCCGUUGCCAGACACAGCAAGUGGUUUCAGGAUCAGAGAUCGCAUAGUCGCACAGUAUUUUACGUAAAUGGAAUGAGACAAAAUCACAGCAAUAACAAAGGCGUUUACUUUUUCUUCAAAGCUUCUAGCUGAAGCUUUAGAAUUUCUGCUUUUGUUUUUUGGUUGGCUUCUUUAAGCCGAAGAAGCUGCAUAGUUUGCUCAUGUUCAGCUCGCCUAUGCAAAGAUUUGUAUUUGUGCUCGAGGCGCAUGUAUUUCGUUUUCAAUAAAUGUUCCUUUUUUUUUUC